AUGACAACUUCAUCUGAAUCAACUCGCAAGGGUCUGACCAAGAUCGCCACCAAUAGACUUCAGAAAGAGUUCAUGGAGUGGCAGACUAACCCUCCUUCUGGUUUUAAACACAGAGUCUCUGAUAAUCUCCAACGAUGGAGCAUUGAAGUGAAGGGAGCUCCAGGAACUCUUUAUGCAAAUGAAACUUACUAUCUUCAAGUGGAAUUUCCUGAGCAUUAUCCUAUGGAAGCUCCACAGGUUAUCUUUCAGCAUCCAGCUCCACUCCAUCCUCAUGUUUACAGCAACGGUCACAUUUGCUUGGAUGUUUUGUAUGGUUCUUGGUCACCUGCAAUGAGACUAAGUUCAAUCUGUCUUAGCAUUCUCUCAAUGCUAUCAAGCUCAUCUGUUAAGCAAAAGCCGAAAGACAAUGACCACUAUUUAAAAAACUGCAAAAACGGAAGAUCUCCUAAAGAAACGAGGUGGCGCUACCAUGACGAUAAAGCAUAA